UUGGUUGUAAACCCUAAACCCUAGCGAAUUUUUCAGAAGAAAUAAGAAAACACAACACACAAAUCCUUACACUCUCUUCCAAUCUCCAAUGGCUCCAGUAACUAGGAAAAAACCUUCCAAGCCACUCAAAGUUCAGAAAGCCCCCAAAAAAGUACAGAUUGUUUCCGUCAAAGAUGAUUCCACCUCCGAAUCCGAAGAAGAAGAAGCACCACCACAACAGCUCGAACUCGGAAACGACGCCGGCGACAACGAUUCUGCUUCCGAAUUAUCUUCCGAUGAUGAUGAUCCGUUAGCUGAUGAUUUCCUCCAAGGAAGCGAUGAUGAAGACGAAGAGAAAGCCUCAGGUUCGGAUUCUGGAUCGGGUUUGGAUUCUGAUUCGGAUGAUGACGAUGGUGUUGAUAUUGAGAAGAAGUCGAAAGCUAUUGAUGAAGAAAGGGAGAGAGAAAAAGAGGAUGCGGAAGCUGAAAUGCAAACCAACAUCCAGGAAGAGUCUGAUGAGUUUAGACUACCAACCAAACAGGAACUUGAGGAAGAGGCUUUGCGUCCACCUGAUCUUUCCAAUCUCCAGAGGAGGAUUAAAGAGAUUAUCCGCGUUCUUUCCAAUUUUAAGACCUUGAGGCAAGAUGAGUCAACAAGGAAGGAUUAUGUUAAUCAGCUUAAGAUCGAUAUAUCUUCAUACUAUGGCUACAAUAAGUUUCUAAUUGGUGCCUUAGUGGAGAUGUUUCCAGUUGUUGAACUCAUGGAACUGAUUGAAGCCUUUGAAAAGCCUCGCCCAAUAUGUCUGAGGACAAACACUUUAAAGACACGGAGACGGGAUUUGGCUGAUGUCUUGAUAAACAGAGGAGUAAAUCUGGAUCCUCUAAGCAAAUGGUCAAAAGUUGGACUUGUCGUGUAUGAUUCUCAAGUACCAAUUGGUGCCACUCCAGAGUACAUGGCUGGUUUUUACAUGCUUCAAAGUGCUAGUUCAUUUCUGCCUGUGAUGGCCUUGGCUCCUCAAGAAAAGGAGCGGAUUGUUGAUAUGGCGGCCGCACCAGGUGGUAAAACAACUUAUAUUGCUGCUCUUAUGAAGAAUACUGGAAUAAUUUUUGCAAAUGAAAUUAAGGCACCUCGUCUAAAGUCGUUGACAGCAAAUUUGCAUCGGAUGGGUGUAUCAAACACUGUAGUCUGCAACUAUGAUGGGAAAGAGCUUCCAAAGGUUAUGGGUUUCAAUGCUGUUGAUAGGGUAUUAUUGGAUGCUCCUUGCAGUGGAACUGGGGUUAUAUCUAAGGACGAGUCUGUUAAAACCUCUAAAAACUUGGAAGAUAUAAAGAAGUGUGCCCAUCUACAGAAGGAGCUCCUUCUCGCAGCAAUUGACAUGGUAGAUGCUAAUUCAAAAUCUGGGGGAUACAUUGUAUAUUCUACAUGUUCAAUCAUGGUUGCUGAGGACGAAGCAGUUAUUGAUUAUGCACUAAAAAAGAGGGAUGUUAAGCUAGUUCCUUGUGGACUCGACUUUGGACGUCCAGGGUUUACAAAGUUUAGGGAACAGCGUUUUCACCCUUCAUUAGAUAAGACUAGACGAUUCUAUCCUCACGUACACAAUAUGGACGGGUUUUUUGUUGCAAAGUUGAAAAAAAUGAGCAAUUCAAAACCUGGUGCCAAACCAUCAGAAACAUCUGAGAAGGACGAAGAAGAAACCAAGCUUGUGAAUGACGAUGAUAAACCAAGUAAUGACAUUAAAGAAAAUGGAAAACAAUCUUCAGCAUCUGAUUCCAAAAAGAGGAAGAAAGAGAAAUUGCCCUCAAAACCAAGUAAUAAUGAUGUAAAAGCUAAUGUCAAAGAAGCUUCUGAACCUGAAUCCAAGAAGAGGAAGAAAAGGCAACUUCCAUCUAGAGAAGAGAUUUCAAAAACCAGAGAGGAAAAGAGACUCGCUUUAAUAGAAAAGAAGAGAAAAAUUGCUAAGCAACAGAGCAGAAGAAGAUGAUGAUUGACCAGUAACAAUACAGGAAAUAGUUAAGACCAACUGUGCAAUUAUAGCGCAGACUUUGACUCAGACGCCAACAAUAUAGUAGUUAUGGUGUGUUUUGCCUGUCAAAAAAAAUGUACCCUGGAGUCUGUGGCACGACCUGAUCGAAGGUCCCAGUUUUGUUUUGUUUAUUAAGUUAAUUAGCUAAGGCAUAUUUUAACAUCCAUCUGCUAAGCUGUAUAUCAGAACGGAGAUAAGAUAUUUUUUUUAGUCAUGAAUUAAUUUGAAUUUAUUUUCUAAUGAUUGUCCUUCA